AUGGCACCCUACUUGCUGUACGCGGGCGGCUACGAAGGCCGCAUCCUCACGCUCUCGUUCGACCCGUCCGCUCUGAAGGCAGAGGAGCGACUGAAGGUCGUGGGCGAGGUGGAGUGCGGGGCGGCGCCUACCUGGCUGACGUUCUCGCAGGACGGCAAGCACCUCUAUGCCGCCGACGAGUGGGGGGAGGACGAGGGAACGCUCACGGCGCUCAGCGUGUCCGAUGAGGGCGUGCUGAAACCAUUGUCGACCGUCAAGACGGGCGGACUGUGGCCUUGUCACUCCUGCCUCUUCUCCUCGAACCCUCCUCAGAUCCUCACAACCAACUACAAAGGCGCCUCUAUCCAUUCUAUUGUCCCUUCUCCCCCAGGCGACCUCGACCCGACCGCCUCCUCCCUCCUCUCCGUCCUCGAUACCGGCUCAGCUCUUGGACCUAUCGAAUGGCGGCAAGAGCAAGCGCACCCUCACGGUGCGCACCCUGACCCGCUUGGACAGGUCAUCGUCGUCCCCGACCUCGGUACGGACGACCUGCGCAUCCUCGCUCCUUCACCCGACGACUCCAGCAAAUGGGAAGAACGCGAGCGGGUGCACCUCACGCCCGGCGACGGACCACGCCACGUCCUCUUCGGUCCUUUGCGACCCAGCAACCGCCCCGGCGUCGCGAAAGUCGCGCGCCUCUACGUCCUCAACGAGCUGAACAACUCGAUCUCCGUCCUGUCCGUCUCGUACCCCUCCGACCCGACUUCGCCCGUCCCAACAAUCACGAUCCUCCAAUCACGUAUCUCCCUUCUUCCGCCUGGACCGAUGCCGCACCAAUCCGACUUUUCCUCCUGGCACGCCGCAGAACUUGUGCUCUCGCCUACUGGACGGACUUUGAUCGCCUCGAACCGCGCGGAAGCGCACGACCCGCUCAAUGGCACCUCGGAGGGACCGGAAGACUUGCUCGCGGUGUUUGAGGUGGACGAGGAAGGGUUGGUAGUGGAGGAAAGUCGGAAGCUCGUUGGGAGCGGCGGACGCGCACCGAGGCAUAUGAGUUUGUCGAGCGAGUCUUUGCGCUGCAAGGGCAAGGGAGACGAGGCGAUUGAGGAGGGGAGGUGGUUGGCUGUUGCACUACAUGAUUCGGAUGAGGUGGUUGUCUUCGAGCGGGUGGGAGGGGUCGAUGGGAGGGAGUUGAGGGAGGUGGCGAGGUUGAGGGGUGCGGGGAGGCCCGGUAUCGUGCUUUGGGCGUGA